UGCAGUUAAUAUGAAUUCAAAUUAUCAAGGCUUAGCUAUACCAAGCACCAAAACCUCUCUUUUUUCCCCAAUUUUGUUCGUUCUCCUUUGUGUUUGUGUGCCCUAGAAAAAAAUUAUGACAGACGUUCAGAUGAGAGACGAGGAGGAGAAGAGUGGAGGGUUUGAGGUGAUCCGAAAGAAGUUGGAGGAAUGGGACAUUUUGCCCUACCAGUACCAAAUUUUCAACAAGGACGAGUCUCCCAAUUGGCGCCACCCUUUGUUCACCGAUCGUACCGCUAACGAAAUGCUAGCCUGUUUCUAUGAGCUAUGCAACUAUUACCAAAGCUUCAAGUUCUCACUUGAGCCCAUGAUAGUUGAUGAGGUGAAGCUUUGCAGCUACUCUGAGUUGCAAGACAUUAUUGAUUUCAAGGCUGAGAGCUUGAUUCAGAAGAAUCUUUCAGGAAGAUUGUUUCGUGGCACCAUUGGUGAUGGAUCUGAAAAACGACCGGCGAUUGUUAAGACAUGGGAUUUUCUCCUUCCUUGGGGGGAUGAGCCUGAGCAUCCCCAACGCCUACAUAAAUUUUGUGACGAGAUCGAGUUAUUCACAGAUGAAAGAGCAAAUACGCAUCCAAAUUUGUUGAAGUUGUAUAGGUACUGUUAUGAGAUGAGGCUUGCAGCUGUCUAUGAUGAAAAAUUCACGAGAGUCUUGUCUGAUGUGCUUCUGGCUGAUGACUUUGGGUGGGAUGACCGGAUAAAAGUGGCAACUCAACUUGCCGAUCUCUUGGCAUGGUUGCAUGAAAAGAGAGUUGUUGUUGGGUAUUGCUUCAUGCAUUAUGAUAGAUGAGGAAGUAAAUAUAAAAGUAUUCGACUUUGGUCACUUUUCAAAUCAUGUGAGCGAAGAUUGUAAAAUUCCUGUUAAAUAUCUUGUCGGCAGGGAUGCUCCAGAGGUUUGGACAGGCAUGUUCUCUCAUACUUCAUCAUCUCUGAUGUGUUCAUGCUCUAGAUUGAAGAUUUUCUUUUUAUUUGAGGUUUUGGUUUCAUCAAUCAAAAUGCUCCACUUUUUCCCUUUCUUUGCAUUUUUUCCCUUUUCCUAUUAUCCUUAUUACCCUUGUAACGAACAAGCUAGGUUUAGUUGUUAGACAAGACAUUCUAGUUAUGUGUCAGAGCCUAUGGUUAGUUAUGAAACUUCGAUAGAAAUGAUAAGUUCUAUGCAUUGCAGUGUAAAAGAUAGUUACACAGUCAGAUCACUUGUUAGGUAAUUACAUGUAAAUCUCUUGAUAAGUACUACUUAGUAAUCUGGUAAAAGAGGUAACUAACCUGCUAUCACAUGUUAAAAUUCACCGGUCGUCUUUAUGUUGUUAGUAUAUAGAAUUUAAAUUCUUCCAUAGUUUCUAUCAUCUUUUCCCCAUUGUAUUGUAUGCAUCAAUCAAAUUGUACUAGAAUUCUAAAUUAAAUAAACUUCUAUGUUUUGAAACAUGUAUUGAUGAUGUCUUCCCUUCGAAACUUCUGUGAUUGCUCUCCUUCCAUAUAGUCCAUAAAACACAUGCUAGAAUGGUCCUCCAGAUUUUCUUCAUCUCUUUGUUCCCUUUGCAGCACAGCCAGCUACUUAGUAGCUCUUUUGUGGUUGAUGACGUUGCCCACUUUAUCACAAAAAUGUACAGGAAAAUAUUCCAAAUCUUUCUGGUAACUGCAAUGCAAAAAUUGUACAGGAAAAAAUUCCAAAUCUCUCGUACAAGUUGGUAUUGUUUGUAGUUUCUUAUCUUGGUAUCCUGGAUUAUAUUAAUUUAUGAUAAUCUCUGUUGCUCGGACUGGGGUGCGGGUAUCCGAUACGGGUGCUGAUCUAGAGAACGGAUUCUUCAUCACAUAACUUUAGGACGGGUAUGGAUCAGACUAUGGAUACCGAUGCUAGGAUACGGACAAUAAAUGUAUAUUACGACACAUAUAAGUAUAUGUUCGAGUACUUAAAAUCUAUGUUGCGCGGACUCUCCAAAAUAUUGCCGCACCCGUGUCGGAUUCUCCAAAAUUACACUGCUUUUGGAGAAUCCGACACGCACCCGGCGAUAUUUUCGGAGAGUCCGAGCAACAUAGCUUAAAAUUAUUGUUACAACAACAACAACAAACCCAGUGGAAUCGCACAAAGUUAUUGAUAAAACUAAUAAAAUUUGAUUCUUUAAAAACACCUAAUACUAUAUUCAUGUAAUAGCAAAAAGCUCUCUUACUUUAUAUAACUAUAUAUGUGACAUCAAACCGCAAAAUCAAAUCGACUAUCCAAUCAGUCUAUACUUCUCGGUCAUAGAUGUAGUCAAAGCACCCACGGUGAGUUGACCAAAUCCUGGGAUAUCCUACACCCACACCCUGCAGCAAGGAUUUGAAGAGUCCAAGCAACAUAGCUGUUAACUAUGUCUACUGAAGAGGUCUUGUGCCUUGUUCCUAUAUAUUGUUCAUUAGAGUGCAUAAACUCCUCAGCUCAGCAGCUGAUUCUGCCAAUAACUUUCAUAUUUUUAUGUUUUUGGCUGAAACAGAAAAGAGCUAGUGGAAAGAAGUCUGAGUUUAGAAUUAUGACUUUUGAGCUUUCUCCCGUGGAGAAUUUUCAUUAUAUUUGAUGUUUCUAUUAUAUGCCAUUAUAUUUUUUACAUAAUUUGUCUGCUUUUCUCUACUAAGUGAAGUUCUGUUCUUAUAUUUUCUGGA